AUGAGCAGUGAAAGGUCUUUCCAGAUUAAGUCAUUAGUUGAUGAACAUAACUGUUCAAGAGUCUUCAAACUUGGUUCCAUUGUAACAUAUAAAUGGAUUGGAAAGCAUUUUAAGAAUCAACUUGUGAAGAACCCUAAAAUGAGCAUAAGGAAAAUGAAGGCCAAAGUGAGUACAAAGUUUAACUUGAUUGUUAGUGUCACUCAAUGUAGAAAUGCUAGGAGAUAUGCUUUGGAUGAGAUAGAGGGUAGUUUGAUAGAACAUUAUGGUAAAGUAUGGAGUUAUGGAGAAGAAAUAAUGAGGACAAAUCCUGGUUCAACAGUAAAGAUAGAUGUGAAUGUCAUGCCUGAUUCCACAACCUACUUUUCUAAAAUGUAUGUUUGUUUUAAGGGUGUGAAGGAUGGUUGGAUUGCAGCAUGUAGGAGGGUAAUAGGGGUAGAUGGUUGUUUUUUAAAGGGUAUAUGUAGAGGCCAACUGUUAGCAACUAUGGGUAGGGAUGCAAACAACCACAUCUUCCCUAUUGCAUGGGCUGUGGUGGAAGUUGAAAAUAAGGAAACAUGGAAGUGGUUUCUUGACCUCCUUCUGGAUGACAUUGAAAUGGGAAUUGGUCAUGGAUUGACCCUCAUAUCAGACCAACACAAGGGAUUAAUAGAGGCUGUCAAAGAAAGGGUUCCAGCAGCAGAGCAUAGACAAUGUGCUAGGCACAUCUAUGCUAACUUCAAGAAAAGAUUCAAAGGUGAACAAUAUAGGAAGUUGUUUUGGGCAGCAGCUGCUAGUACUACUCAACCUAAAUUUGAGGCAGAAAUGAAUUCCAUAAAAAAAAUUGACCCUUUGGCUUAUGAACACCUCAUGGAAAGGGACCCUAAAAGUUGGUGCAAGGCAUUCUUUGAAGUGGACAGGGCUUGUGAUGCUUAUGAGAAUGGCAUAUCAGAAAGUUUCAACUCUGUUAUUGAUCUUGCUAGGAAAAGGCCACUCAUCACCAUGUUGGAAGAGAUAAGGAUUUAUGCAAUGGAGAGGAUGUAUAAAAUGUUGCAAGAGGGACAAAGUUGGGGGAAUUUAAAAAUAUGUCCAUCUAUAAGGUUGAAGAUAUCAAAGCUAAAGAAACAGCAAAGAUUUUGGGGUGUUAUACCAUCUGGGAUACAACAAUAUGAAGUUAGGAUUGGAAAUGAUGGAUAUGUUGUGGACCUUAACAACAACACAUGUGGAUGUAGAUCUUGGCAAGUAUCAGGUAUCCCAUGUGUGCAUGCAGUGGCAGCCAUUUCAUACCUCAACAGGAAUGCAGAGGAUUAUGUAGCAGCAUGGUUCCAUACAGCCAUGUUCUUGACUUGUUACAACCAUACCAUUAACCCACUUAAUGGUAGUUCCAUGUGGCCUGAAGCUCCCUACAUGAAGCCAUUGCCUCCUCAAAAAAGAAGGUUACCAGGAAGGCCAACCCUUAAAAGGAAAAAAGAUCAAUCUGAGAUGAAAAGCAAGGGGAAAACAAGGCAUACUAUCUCCAAAGCAGGUUCAGUUAAUAGAUGCACUAUUUGUAGAGAAAGGGGCCACAAUAGAUCAACAUGUCCUACUAGACCAGCAGAUGUAGCAUCCACUUCAAGGCCAAAAAACAAGAAACCUAAAAAAUGUAAAAAAGAGAAAGUGGAUCCAGUUCAAGUACCAUCUCCACAGGUUGAUCCAGUUCAAGCAGAUCCAGUGGAUCCAAUUCAAGUACUAGCUCCACAUGUUGAACCAGUUCAAGAAGAUCCAGUGGAUCCACUUCAAGUACCAGCUCCACAUGUUGAACCAGUUCAAGCAGAUCCAGUGGAUCCAGUUGAUGUACCAGCUCCACAUGUUGAACCAGUUCAAGUAGAUGAUUCACAUCCAAAUGUUGAUGUCCCUGCUCAACCAGUUGCAACUAGGCAGAGGAUACGAAAAUACUCAGAAAGAAUUACCAAGAUAGGGUUGAGGAGGAAGGUUUUGAAGAAAGAAGGAAGCACUGGACACAACCCAAUGGUGUUGGAAUGA